GAAUUACGCAGCCACUUCGAGAAGCGAAUACCUUGUCCACCACGAGCACAACAAAAGAGCGACCACAUUACUAGGACACACUCCUAAGGAAACAACGAUCUAUCCUUAUUCGCAGCUACCCCAUUUGUAUUAGAAACAAUCAUGUCGGCAAAAUCAACAAAAGGUCCAGGCGGCAAGAAGCCAGCUUCGGCGGCUACGAACCUCGUGGCUGGCGGAGGAGCAGGCAUGAUGGAAGCACUCGCCUGUCAUCCUCUAGACACGAUCAAAGUUCGCAUGCAACUCUCAAAAAGAUCGCAACGUGGUGGUUCCCGUCGCGGAUUCAUUCAAACCGGCGUCCAAAUCGUAAAACGUGAAACCCCACUCGCCCUCUACAAAGGCCUCGGCGCCGUGCUCACCGGUAUCGUUCCCAAAAUGGCCAUUCGCUUCACCUCCUACGAAUGGUACAAGCAAGCCCUAGCUUCCAAAUCCGGCGAGAUCACUUCAAAAGCUACUUUCCUAGCUGGCCUAGCAGCAGGAGUUACAGAAGCCGUGUGUGUGGUUACGCCCAUGGAAGUCGUAAAGAUCAGAUUGCAGGCUCAACAUCACAGUAUGGCUGAUCCGUUGGACAUUCCCAAAUACAGGAAUGCGGCGCAUGCCUUGUAUACUGUGGUGAAGGAGGAGGGUGUAGGUGCGUUGUACAGAGGUGUUUCUCUCACCGCGUUGAGGCAGGGAACCAACCAGGCUGCCAACUUUACCGCUUAUACCGAGUUGAAAGCUUGGUUGCAGGAACGAUCUGGACAUCCCGAGGCUGGGUUGCCUGGUUGGCAGACUGCUUUCAUUGGAUUGAUCUCUGGUGCUGUGGGUCCGUUCAGUAAUGCUCCGAUUGACACUAUCAAGACGAGGUUGCAAAGGAACCCAGCACAAGCUGGUGAGACUGCUAUUGGCAGAAUCGUUACCAUUGGUAGCCAGAUGUGGAAGCAGGAGGGCAUCAGGGCGUUCUGGAUGGGCAUUACACCACGUGUCAUGCGUGUCGCUCCUGGUCAGGCUGUCACAUUUGCCGUGUAUGAGUACUUGAAGGAGAUCAUGGAGAGAGGAAGAGAAAUGGCUCCAGGAGGAAGUUACGAAGAGUGA